AUGACAACAAUCAGAACGUCCCAAAAUUUGGAAGCACUUCUGAACCCUCUUUUGAGCAGAUUAGUCGUUCUGGCAACGAAAACAGGCUGCAGCGCUGAACAUCGCGCUGUGAUCAUCGUGUCUAUGCAGACGAUUUUGACGAAGCUAUAUUCCGAACCUGAGCUUGAUAACAAACGGGACAUGGCGCUAGCCAAGUUCCGAGUAGUUGAAUCAGAUCAACUGACUCUGCUGUCCAUGUAUAAAUCAUGGGAAUCGCAUGAAUUUUCAAGCGUUUGGUGUGCUAGAAAUGGCAUCAAAUACGCAGACAUGGUAAAAGUACUGGAACUCCAAAUACAGUUGACAGCAAUACUAUGGCGGCAUAAAAUCCUCUUAUUCAGUUGUGGAAUUCAGUGGCUCGUAGUACUGAAGUGCAUCUCGGUAACGUACUUUCAUCAAUCGGCCCAACUUGUUAAUGCUGAUGAAGGAAGAUAUGAUAGUUGCCAAGCUGGAGUAUCUUGGUACAUUUACCGGAAUUCUGCAGUAAUGAGUUUGGGCUUUCUACCUACUGUUGUCGUUUAUGAUCAUCUUGUUUCAACAGAAGAUCGAAUUUACAUGCGAGGUAUCACGACCAUUGAUGCAGACUAG